AUGUCGGUGCAGCGCGGUGGCCGCGGCGAUUUUCGCUACCGCUUCUACCACUGCCCGUGCACCGGCUUCGAGAUAUACGACCUGGAGGGAGCGCCCCAGGGGCAGGACGUCCUAGCCAACGGUUCCCGCAAUGGGGUGAACGUCGAAGGAGCCACCCACAAGCAGGUGGUGGACCUCAUCAAGUCGGGCGGCGACUGUCUCACUCUAACGGUGAUCUCUGUCACUCCCAAGGAGGCCGAGCGGCUGGAGCCCUGCGACGACUCGGCCCCCGUGGGCGUGAUAGGCGGCGCGGCCAACUCGCGCGCCACCGUCUACCAGAAGUACGACUACACGGACAAGAGGUCGCUGCCCGUCUCCAUACCGGACUACCGCGUGGUGAUGGAGCGCAACACGGGCCGCUCGUUCGUCGCGUUCAACGUGCACAUGGCGGGCCGGCACCUGUGCAGCAGGCGGUACAGGGAGUUCGCCGCGCUGCACCAGCAGCUCAGGAAGGAGUUCCUCGGAUUUAACUUCCCGAAGCUGCCAGGCAAGUGGCCGUUCACCCUGAGCGAGCAACAGCUCGACGCGCGGAGGCGGGGCUUGGAACAGUACUUGGAGAAGGUGUGCGCGGUGCGCGCGAUCGCCGAGUCGGAGGCGGUGCAGGAGUUCCUGACGGAGGCGGAGGAGGCGUGCGCGUCGCCCGUGGAGCUGAAGGUGCUGGUGGCGGAGCGCGGCGCCGUGGCGCUGGCCGUGCCGCGCUGCGCCAGCGCCGACCACGUCUACGCCCAGCUCUGCGAGCGCAUCGCGCUGCCGCCCCCGCUGCGCCCCUUCUUCUACCUCUUCGAGAUCGUCGAGUACAACUUCGAGCGCAAGCUGCAGCCGAACGAGUGUCCGCACGCGCUGUACGUGCAAAACUACUCGACGGCGUCGGCUUCGUGUGUGUGCCUCAGGAAGUGGCUCUUCUCCCCGUCUAAGGACGAGCAGCUCGCCAAGGCCUACCCGGACGCGGCCGCGCUGCUCUUCUGGCAGGCGGUGGAGGACGUGAACCGCGGCGUGUGCGUGGCCGGCAACCGGCUCUACCAGCUGAAGGCGCUGCAGGACGUGCGCCGCGCCACCGACUAUCUCGCUCUCGCUCGCACGCUGCCCGGCUACGGCGACAUGCUCUUCCCUCCCGCUCGCACCGACUGCCGCGCCACGCCCGCGCUCGUCGUCGCCGUUGGCUGGAGCGGGCUGAAGCUGUGGGCGUGGAGCGAGGGCGACGCGGAGGGGCGCGAGGGGCGCGAGGGGCGUGAGGGGCGCGAGGGGCGCGGGGGCGCGGUGGAGCUCGCGUGGCGCGAGGUGCGCGAGUGGCGCGCCGACGACGAGGCGGCGGCCGCGCGCCUGCUCUACCGCCGCCCCGACCGCCCCGACCGCCCGCCCACCGCCCUCGCGCUCUACACGCCCUACUAUCAAUUCCUCUGCAACUGCAUGGACCGAAUAGCCGAGGAGGCCAACUGGGUGGACACCGGCGAA